GUAGGUAUCCCGAUAAUCACAAUAAUGUGGGUAGGCUAAGCAAUAGAUGAAUAAAGUAGUCUAUGCUCGGUAAUGGUCGUUUGUAUAUCUCCUGACAUGGCGCAGUCGGUUUUUAUGGUUAAAAGUGAUUAAUUUCGUGAUUGUGACUACUUUAAUUAUCAAGUGCAAAAAAUAAACUGUGAGUGAUUUGCGAUGGAGUCGACACUUAAACCUCCGUCUCCGUUUUGUUUUGAGAACGAUAUCGCGAGUGUAACUACGGGCAAUCUCAGCAGACAAUGGUCAAAAUGGCGGAAGGCCUUUGAAACAUAUUCAAAAGCAUGUGAAAUCGGGAAAAAGACCGAGGAUGUACAACUUAGCAUAUUAUUGCAUGUUAUCGGUGAACAGUGCAGAGAAGUAUAUGACCAAUUCACGGAGACGUUUGCAACAACGAAGGCCCUUUUAGACAGAUUUGAUAAAUAUUUUUUGCCUACGAAGAACUUAACAAUGGAGCGACACAAGUUUUUUAUGCGUAAUCAAUUGGAAGGUGAAACGACUGAGCAAUAUACGUUUGAGCUAAAAAGAUUGGCAAAAACUUGUGAGUUUGGAGAUUUGAACGACGACCUCAUUAAAGAUAGGUUGAUAUGUGGUCUCACUGAGGAUGCUUUGAGAGAGCGGUUGCUACGCGAAUGUGACCUCACGCUGACUAAAGCGAUGGAUAUUAGUAGGAUAGCGGAAAUGUCACGAGCACAAGCGAACCACAUUAAGCCGGAAAAAGGAGUUGACAGUCAUAUUCACGAGGUCACCGAGCAAGAGGGAGAAGAAAGAGUAUGUGAGGUACACUUUAGGCGCCGGACGGCGCCACCUGGACGCCGCGGGCCGCCUGCGCCGCCCGCCGUGUGCCGUUGCGGGGCCCGCGCCGCCGCCAGUCAGUCUCGCGCGCGCGCCGCGCCGCCGUCGUCAACGGCGUCAGCCAUCCGUGGUAGCAGCGACGGAAUGUCACCUUCACCGCGUCAGAAUGGACAAUUUAGCAGGAAAAAUAACAAGAAAUGCGACUAUUGUGGUCGGGUGCAUGAUAGAUUUAAAUGUCCGGCGUACGGCCAGCGAUGUACUCGAUGCAAUAAGGCAAAUCAUUUUGCUAGGAUGUGCCGUGUGUAUAUGGUACAGGAGAACUCCACUGAUCAGGACAGUGAGGCCUCCUGAUCGGUGGGGAUACUCGGCACCUGGUGUACCGCAAGUGAAUAAUAAUAACAAUGAUAAUCGAUUCUAGUGUAAACAAAUGAUCAGAUGAUGUUGUUGUUGAAUUUAAAAGUAAUUAACGUUUUGAGUUGAUUUUGCAUUGUCUUACGGAUUUGGUCUUUGAACAAAAUAUGCAUGCAUAAACUUACACAAUAGGUACAUACUUGUAAUACCUAAGCUAA